UAUACACACAGAUACAUGUACAUACACAGAAAUACACACACACAGACACAUGUACAUACACGCAGACACAUGUACAUACACACACAGACACAUGUACAUACAUGCAGACACAUGUACAUACACACACACAGACACACACACACAAAGUUGCUGUACUUCGUUGUUCACUCACAGAUCCGGAUACUGCACUCUAGGGGGAGGCAGAGAGCACAGCACACACUCCUUGCUUUGCUUUCACUUCGCUCAGCUAUUGAGCAGUCUGACGGCUCCCAGUGCCAAUGACAGAUCCGGCCUGAGCGCCGAGCCUGCUCAGCAAGACGGCCCUGGGGGACACACUCGCCCCCACCAUAAUAUCCACUCGCCAUUGGCGAGCAGGCAAGUGGACAUUUCAAGCCCUGCUGUAUAGCAUU